UCCUCUCUCCAUUUCUUCCUUGGGAUUUUCUUUUUCAAGUCUUUCGUUUUGAUUUCACUUCCUUAAUCUUUGGGUUUCAACUUCCUACAAGACAGAGAAAAUAAGAAACAGACUACUCUGUAAAAUCCCCUGUUCACAACUUUCAGCCCUGUUUUUAUUCAUUAACUCCCAAAAACUUUUUGAUUUUUAGGUGUUCUAACUACCUUAAUUUCUAAAAUGGUGAGUUUCAUUGAAGAACGACCAAAGAACAUCACUGCCUGUCAAAAUGUCGCAUCUGAUGCGAAAUCAGCACAAAAACCGCCUGCACCGCCUGGUUUCCUCUCCAUUUCACGAAACAAAUUGCUUCAAAACCUCGAAAUCAAUGCGGGAGUAAGGGCUAAUGCAUGGGUUGAUGCUAUGAGAGCUUCUUCCCCAACCCACAUCAAAUCCAGACCUUCCAUUGCUGACCAUCAAGGUUCCUGGAAUCUGCACCAUCCAUCGGCACUGGAGAUGUUCGAGCAGAUAAUUGAUGCCUCGAAAGGGAAACAGAUAGUAAUGUUCUUAGACUACGAUGGCACUCUUUCACCAAUUGUAGCUGAUCCAGAUCGAGCUUUCAUGUCCAAGAAGAUGAGAAAGACUGUGAGAAAGCUAGCCAAAUGUUUUCCUACGGCUAUAGUGAGUGGUAGAUGCAGGGAUAAGGUCUAUAACUUCGUCAAAUUAGCUGAGCUAUACUACGCUGGAAGCCAUGGAAUGGACAUUAAGGGUCCUGAAAAUCAUUCUAAAUCUAACAAUGAAACUGAACUACUUUUCCAACCAGCAAGUGAAUUCCUUCCAAUGAUUGAUGAGGUUCACAAGCAACUGGUUGAGACUACAAAAUCAACCCCAGGUGCUAAAGUGGAGAACAACAAAUUUUGCCUCUCAGUACACUUCCGUUGUGUAGAAGAAAAGAAAUGGAGUGAACUGGCACAAAAGGUUAAGUCUGUGUUAAAAGACUACCCCAAGCUUCGGCUAACACAAGGCAGAAAGGUUCUGGAAAUCCGUCCCACAAUCAAAUGGGACAAAGGGAAAGCCCUUGUGUUUUUGUUAGAAUCUCUUGGUUUCGCUAACUCUGUUGAUGUUUUCCCGGUUUACAUCGGAGAUGACAGGACCGAUGAAGAUGCAUUCAAGAUACUGGGAGAUAGAGGACAAGGUUUUGGUAUUCUUGUCUCUAAGUUUCCCAAAGACACUAAUGCAUCAUAUUCUUUACAAGAACCAGAUGAGGUCAUGAAUUUUUUGCAACGUUUGGUUGAUUGGAAAGAAUUAUCCGUGAGAGCUCAAUCGAAGAUGUAAAAGAAGAAAAUUAUUUGGAAAAAUAUGUAUUGUGCACUCUAACCAGAGUUGUAAAAGGGAUGGGAUUAAAGAAGUAAUUUGUUGUUUAAGAUAAUGAUUAUAAAAUAAUUUUAUCUUCUGAGGUUGAAAGCUUUGUACAUCUUUGUAACUAGUUGGGUACAAAGGGUAACAGCUUGUAGCAUCACAACUUGUCUAUUAAUGCAUAGAAAGCAGUGAUUCGGAUGAGUG